CACACAGGUUGGUGAGUGUGACCUCAUCAGCCCACCGCUGUCCAAAUCUUGAGCCUUCCAGCGGCGCCAGUAUCUCCUCCGCUUCACGGACCAAAUCCGGCAUCAAUCUCCGGUGGGUCCUGCCGCCGAUUCCAUGACCCUGACCCGAUCCUCGACCACUGAAACCGACGAGCAGAAUCGAAGCGCCGCGGGAGCCACAGGCAUGAGGCUCAUAGUGCCGCUCCAAGGCGUCGUCCAAGGCAGAGGAGGCCUUCUUCUUGGUUCUCUCAUCCCCUGUGCUCUCUUCUACUUCCUCCAACUCUAUCUCAAACGGAACCGUUCCAAAAAUUCCUCGAAUCCUCCGUCCCCCUCUUCGUCCUCCUCUAAUCUCCCGGACCUCCCUCGAUCAUCGUCCCGCACCAAUUUGUCCAGCCGUGGAUCCAUUGGUCAGGUUCGGGUGUCCUCCCUCGCGAAUAUGAUUGCGAAGCCUGAUUCUUCGCCAUAUUACAUUGGUCUGGAUAGAGUGUCUCUGGAUCCGUACGAUCCGCUGAACAACCCUGAUGGGAUAAUUCAGCUCGGAUUGUCUGAUAAUAAGUUGUGUUUGGAUUUAAUUGAGAAGUGGUUGUCAGCAAACGUGAAGGAAUCCCUUAUUGGAACCGAUGAUGUCAAUUUGAGUAUCAAUGGGAUUGCAAUGUACCAGCCAUUUGAUGGGUUAGAGGAAAUGAAAAUGGCCUUGUCAAAUUUUAUGUCUCAGGUAUUGGGAGGGUCUGUGAACUUUGACCCAUCCAAUAUUGUAUUGACAUCUGGUGCUACUCCUGCCAUUGAAAUACUAUCUUUCUGCUUGGCUGAUCAUGGAAAUGCUUUCCUUGUCCCCACACCUUACUAUCCAGGUUUUGACAGGGAUGUCAGAUGGCGAACAGGAGUGGAGCUGAUUCCUGUUUUUUGUCGUAGUACGGACAAUUUCAAUUUAAGUAUCACUGCUCUCGAACAAGCAUAUAGUCAAGCAAGAAAACGAGGAGUUAAAGUUCGUGGAAUUCUCUUUUCUAAUCCAUCUAACCCCGUUGGCAACCUGCUAUCAGAGGACAUGCUUUACAGUCUUCUAGAAUUUGCCCAGGAGAAAAAUAUUCAUAUAGUUUCUGAUGAAAUAUAUGCAGGCUCCGUGUAUGGGAGUGAAAAGUUUGUGAGUAUUGCUGAACUUCUUGAUUUAGAAUAUAUAGACAAGAGCCGGGUUCAUAUAAUAUAUGGCCUGUCAAAGGACUUCGCUCUUCCUGGUUUUAGAGUUGGGGCUAUAUAUUCAUUUAACAAGAGUGUUUUGGCUGCUGCUAAGAAGAUGACUAGAUUUUGCUCAGUAUCUGCUCCAACCCAGCGGCUUGUUGUUUCAAUGCUUUCAGAUCAAAGAUUUGUUCAGGAGUACAUCGACACCAACCAGAAGAGAAUCAGAGAAAUUCACAAAGAAUUUGAGGCUGGUUUGAGUAAACUAGGAAUCAAGUGUGCUAAGAGUAGUGCUGGUGUGUACUGUUGGGCUGAUAUGAGUGAAUUAAUCCGCCCGUACAGUGAGAAAGGGGAACUUGACUUAUGGGAGAAGUUUCUAAGUGUUGCCAAGAUCAGUAUAACUCCGGGUUCAGCUUGUCAUUGCAUAGAACCAGGAUGGUUUCGUAUUUGUUUUACUACUUUUGCUUUGGAGGAUGUUCCUUUAAUUAUUGAACGGAUCAGGAGAGUUGUUGAAACUUGUAAAUCUUCUGGCUGAUAUCUUGUGAUUUUGUUGGCCUCUUCGGUGAUUCCUGAUGUUACUCUCUUAUGCGGCCGCUUCAGGAAAAAUUUUAUAGUCUGUACAAUUCUAGCUAUAGAGGGAAGUUGUUUUGAUUGGUCCUGGUUUUGUUAAUUUGUCCCACCGCAAGUAAAUGCAAAUUCUGAAAUGGUAAAAGCCAUAAUUCUUUUGACAA